AUGCAAAAAAUCCUCAUCAACUUCAGGUCGUUGCUUUCGGGUGGCGUGGUUCCGAGUGUGAAUAAUACAUCGCAGUCAUCCUCAAGUGCCACACAAUCGCGACCUUCGUCUGCAACGACCACAUCAAGCAGUGCAGCAGUACCGAAUACAUUCAUGCCAACGUCCGUAAUGAGACACAUGACUAAAAACAAUACGAAUAGUCAUAGCAGCACUAGUGAUGAUAAACAACACCAUCAUUAUCAUGCCAACAUAGCACCAUCCAAUAGUGCCAAUAGCAACAGUGCUGUGGUCAGUGCUUCUGCGAACGAUGAAAGACACGAUGCGACCGCACCACCAACUGUCCAUAACGAUGCUAAUAUUAACGCU